AUGCGGGAGGCCGCCGCCGCCGCCGGUAGCGGGGCCGCGAUCCCGAUGUCCCCUCCGUCUUCGCCGACUCACGUCGCCCCGACCCGCCUUCCGGCCGAAGCCCAGGAGGUGGUGGCGGCGGUGGUCGAAGCGUCCAAGCCGGAGACAGCAGCAGCAGCGGUGGCGGCGGCGGAAGCAGUGCCAUCGCCGCCGGCGCCCGGUUUGCCCGCUUCGGCGGGGGCGGAGGGCGGCGGGGGCCCCGUGUCAUCAUCAGGGCCACCGGCGGCGGCGGCAGUACCCGUGCGGCUGGGCCGCGGCCGGAAGCUCUGCCCCAGCUGCAAGGCCCUGACCAAGUCGGCGGUGAAGCAGUGCCGCCUGUGCCACCACGUCUUCAACCCGGUGUCCAGGAUGCGGGCGCAGCACCGCGAGCCGAAGGAGAACGAUGACGCCCCGGUCCUCCCGCGCCGACGGCACCGGCCCUCGCAACGCCUCCUGGAGAGCAGGGUGGUGUCCGCCGCCGCCGGCCCGCAAGAGGGGGCGCCGGCGGGGGGCGAGGGAGCGGUAGGAGGAGCAGCCUCGGCGAGACGGCCUCUGGCCGCCUUUAACGGCGGCGGGGACACGAACCAGCGAGUGGCUUCCGGCGCGAUGGCGGCGACUGCGGUGGCGACGAAAAAGACGGGCGCGGUUUCCGCCAGCGGGGAACAAGCACCCAAGCGCAGCCACAAGCGCAAGGUCCCGCUGCCGCCAGGGGUGGUACCCCCGAAGCGCAAGAAGGGCGCGGCGGCGGCGGCCCGGUUGGCGGCGGCGGCGGCGGCAGAGAUCGCGGCGACCGCGCCGGCCGCCGCCGCCGCGGUCACCGGCCCUCACGGCAUCCUUCCCCGGCUGAGCCUGCCCGAGCGGCAGCGUGUGGCUGAGGACCUCGUGGCGUCGCCGGCCCCUUCGCACGUGCUGGUGCCGGAGUCGCCGGAGCUGGCGCCGACGGCGACGCCCGCCGGAGACCCAUUCGCGGGCGUAGAGAUGACGUGGUUGGAGAGCGGCGGCGGCAGCGAAGCGGCGGUAGUGAACCCCACGGCCGCCGCCGGCGGCGGCGGUGGCGGCGGAGGCGCACCGACGGUGUUUCCCCUGGUGUCGCGAGAUGGAAUGACGAUGGAGCAGCACCGAGCCGUGUUCCCUCCGGCGCAAAGCACGGAGCUCCUGGGGGACGCGCACGACGCCCUCAUGUGGAACCCGCUCCGAACUUCCUCCGUCGGCGUCGACACCAACGGCGGCGGCGGCGGCGGUGCCGCCGCGGUAACGGCGACGGCGACGGUAGCGGGGAGGAGCCUUACCCUGUGGCCCGGGAGCUCGGUUAGCGACUGCACUCUGCUCACAGCGGAGGCUCCGGCGGCAGCGGCGCAAUCGGUGGCGGCGGGCGCGUCUUCUUGUUGUUCUCGCACCAGCAGCAGCGGCCGCAGCCCUUCGCCCGGCAACCUCGCCUUCCCGAACUUCGAGCGCGGGGCGGCGAUCGCCUCCGCCGCCGGCAGCGGCAGCGGCGGAAGCGCCUCCCACGCCGUGACCUCUCCAGAGUACCUCCUGGCGGAAGCGAGCUGCUCGAGCCUGCCGGACCCGCUGGUUUUCGGGAGCCGCGGCGGGACGUCGGCGGCAGGAGGGGCGGCGGCAGUCGCGGCCGUCAGCAUGGACUCCGGCGACGGCGACGGUGGAGGGUUCUGGCACCCGUUUCAGCACGGCAACGGCGGCAGCGGCGGCGGCGGGUUCAGCAGCUCUCCUCUCCACCCUCCGGCGAUGACGUAAAAAAAACACACCAAAUAUUAGAGGUGGUCCGCGCCGACGGGAGGCGGUUGUUUGAAUCUGCUGGGGGCAAGGAUAACGUGCGGGGUGGAGAACGUCAGGACGCCUUUUACGCGAUUGGGAGGGAGAAGAAGAAGAAGAACAUAAAAAAAACUCGAGUGUGGUGAACGAACAUGAAAACUUGGAAUUAGCUGGUUUCUUUUCUUUCUUCCCUUUCUGGCUGUCUUUUAUGUGUUGCUUUUGUGGAGGAGACCCGCGGGGGAACGUCGGAGAGCGAGGCUUCGGAAGAGGAUGGCAUAGAUGCCUAGCUGAGGUUUGACAACGGCAAAAAAUGGCCCAAGGUUAAAUACCGCGAAAAACAAUGUUCUGGUCAAGCCGAUAUAGCGGGAAAAUAGUAUUUUGCUGGGGGGGAAUCUCACCACCACUACGAACGCGGUUGAAGUACCUGCUGUAUGGGUGGGGAGGCCCGCAGGACGGGGCGGGGGGGUGGGGGGUCUCCUCUCCAUGCACCGUCGCAGGAGGGGUAUAUACCCACGGGGGGGAGUGCUCCGCAUCGCGGUGCUCCCAUGUAUUUAUUAUCGGGUGGGGGAUGGGUUGGGUGUAUGGCAGGAGGAGGACGCGGGAGCCAUCUGUUCCGGCGAAUCGAGACAGGGCCUCAAGCAGAGAAGGAGCUUAAAACAACCUUGGGACGUUAUAAGUGUCUCGAGGGCUCACGUGAGCCGACGAAAAGCCGCUUGCUCUUGCUGGCGCUGGUUCUGUCUCUUCCUGCAUCUUGGCCUGCGACACGGCGCAGCUAUUUUUAGGUCGGCACCCAUUCUCGUUUUUGUAUCUAGAUAACAUACGUUAUAAACAUGCGUGGUUUGGUUUUCUCAUGUCGACGGUGCCCCGGCUUGGCUUGGUUGCUUUUUACCCUGGCUGGGCGUGUGGUUGGUUUUGGGCGGUCGGUCACCCCCCUGAACAGACACACACAAGGAAGAUUUUUUUUUGUUUCGGUAGGGGGGGGGGGGGGUUGCUCUCGAGAGAGAGCACUCCCUUGGUGGAGAGCGAGCGCUGCGUGUUUAGGUUUGAGAACCGCACGCCGGUCGCUUAAGAAUCGCGUGUUGAGUGAGUAACGAAGAAGGGGCGGUCCUUCUUUUUCGAAUGUGGCAUGACUGGCUUCGAGUGAGUAGUAGAACUGAACGAAUAAUGAAUAAUGAAUAAUGAAUAAUUCGGGGAAGAAAUGUGUGUUUUUUCUUUUUGUCCCUUCCGUUGUUUGUCUAGGCCCCCGAUCAGCGGCCGCUGCCGGUACGCGGUUACUAUCUUGCUUUUCGCGGAGGCCGGGCGGGGGGUUAGCAGCGUAGAGUGCCAAAUGUAUAAGCGUGCUAGCGAGAGGGGAGAUGGGAGGGAAAAAAAGAGAGGAAAAUGUGUGCAAAUGGGAGUUGGACGAGAGGCGGGGACGGGCCUCUUGUCUACACGGGGGUCCGUUUCGUUUUUCCCAGUAGACGCGACAAAAAUGUCGGUGAAUGAUGAUACCGUCGUUUGUCUGUCGCUGCGCGUUUUGAGCGCGGACAGAGGAUGAUGUUUACGUUUUUUUUGUAGUUCCGGAGGAGGAGGAGGAGAAGGUUUGUGAACCCCCUCACAAAUGAGGCCCGCGAGAAGGCGGGGGGGGGGGGGGGGGCCUGUGUUGGGUUUUGGUUUUGUGUUUGGGGGGG